AUGACUAUGGAUAAUGAGGAAGGAGAAGAAGGAAUGGAGAGAUUGAUUCCUGUCAACUGGCAGAAUUUGGGCAUAGGAUAUCGGGAGCUUCUGGAAAGGCUAGAGAAUCCGAAACUUGAUGGAAAGGGUAUAGAAGAACAGGAUGAGGGAGGAAUCUUGGUUGCUGGAGUAGGCAGAGCUGGUUAUGAUAUCACAAAGAAAUCAGAGGAGUGGAGAAGAGGAUACUAUGGGGUUUUGAUGGGAGCGGCGAAUACAGCAGAACAUUUGGAUGAUUGGGUUAAUGAUACGACAAGAGAUAUAUGGUUCCCCAAAAACCAAAUGCGUGGUCCAUCGAAUCCAAAACCCAAACCAAUCAAAGUUGGUUCACCACCUCCACCCAAGGAGGAAAAUUGCGUCAAGGCUUACGAUCCGCCGGAGAAAUUCUAUAUGCGUAUACUUAUCACGAAAGGAUUUACCGAAAAGCAAAAGGUAGAUGCAGCUUUGGCAUAUGCUGCUUGGUUGGAUUUUAAGAAAGCCCCAGAAGCAGCUAUGGAAAUGUAUAAAUGGGCCAUCGAUAUUUCGACUCCUUCGGACUCGUCAUCUCCAUUGAUCGAUCCCAAUACCUAUACAUUAAAUGUUAGUGCAGGCCUACCAUCUGAAAACUUGUUGAAUACAAGCACAGCACUUGCCAUUCAUCACGCAACAAAUUCUAAUAUCUCGAAAUCUCUGCCAAUCUUUCUUUCAAUUCUCAGAGCAAGGAAGAAGCUCCCAUCUCCAAAGGAAUCCAUGAUUGAUACACUCAUCACGGAUGACGAACUACCAAUAUGGAAGACUGUAUGGAAGUUCCUCAAAGAAACCCUUUCACCACCUGCCUAUCCACCUCCUCCAUCUGAUGGCACAUCUCCGCCUUUGCGCACUUCUAAAGAACUCUGCGAGGAAGGGAUCCUUAUGAUAUACAUUGGAGAGAUUCUUUAUACCUCUAACACUGGUAUAAAGAGCAAAGAAGAUGGCCUGGCUUGGACAAGAGAGGCGGUUGAUAUAUCAGAAGUAGAAUUAAGGAAGAGAAGGGGUCUAGAUAAGGAUUCGAGGAAGGUCUGUAAGUCAUGCCUAGAAGUCGCAUUGGGCAAUUGGCAGAAGAUGGUUAGAAGUCUAGCGGAAGAAGAGAGACUAAAGAAAGCCAACGGGGAGAAUGCUAAGAGUGGAUGGUUAGGAUUUGGAGGAAAGGUAGAGACAACUGGACGAUGGGAGGCAGAAGAGAGUGUAGUGAGCGAUAGGAUAAAGCGGGCAAAGGAUGUGCUACCUGAAAGGAGAAUUGGAGAAGUGGAGGAUCGGAGACCACCACCUCCUAGUACAGGAGGUAGAACAUGGUAA